ACUAGGUUGCAGUGCGCGCUGAGUCCUAAACCACUGAUGCUCUCUUCCUCUGCUCUUCUGCUUCCCAUCUCCCAUUCUCCUACCAGGUUGAUGAUGAUGAUGAUGGGGACAAGGGGGAGGAGGAGGAAGAGGAGGAACAGAGGAAUUGAAGCAGCUGGAUCAAUGGAAGAAGAGGUGGACAAAGGGUUUGAGGGAGGUGGGAGGAAGGCUAAGCUGGUGGCUCGGCGUAAGGAGAGAAUAAGAUUGCCUGGGAAGAGCAAAGAGCCGGCAUUGUCCAUGGCCCAGUUCCUCCGGCAUCCUUCUGGAGUGGAAGCAAUCCUCAAUAGCCGGGCUUUGCACUGUUUCCAGCCAUUGGACUCCAGGACGUACAGGUGCACCUUGCAUCAACUCCAAUUUCUUAGCUUUCAUGUUUCUCCUGUGAUUGAUUUGCGGGUCACUCCUACCUCACAUGACUGCACUGUUGAGAUGUUGUCUUGCAAGUUUGAAGGGUCAAAAGCUUUCGAGCAACAAAACCAGCUCUUUUCUGCAUUCAUGAAAAAUUACAUGACAUGGGAUGAAAAUUGUCCUGAGCCAUGCUUGGAUGUUGAUGUGAGCUUAAAUGUUGCUCUUGAGGUCUAUACAAAACCAUUUAGCUUGCUUCCAAUAUCAGCUGUCGAAAAACCUGGCAAUCUGCUCAUGCAAGGUCUUUUAGACAGGCUUACGCCUUUGCUCGCUAAGCAGCUGCUUGAAGAUUACCACACUUGGAUUGAGGAGCAAUUGAGAUUCCAUUCAAAGGGAUAGUGUAUAUUCUGAGGUAGAACACACGGACAUGAAUCCAAUGCAAUAUUGCUCUUUAUGGGAAAUAAAUAGGAAAAAUUCUGAAGAACAUAAAGUUUACAUCCCAAGCAUGUGGGAAUAGAAAACAUAAACUUACUUUAACUCUCUUAAGCUUAAAAAUGCAUUCAAUGUAUGAAUACAGGAUUGUAAUU